AUGAGAAGGAAGAAACCGAUGCUGAUGGAGGAUUGGGCGACGGAGUGUAAUUUAGAUCGGAACAGGGACCUCUGGAGGGUGGAGGAGGGGGGUGUUCAUCCUCCGGGCCCCCGGGGGGCGACGCCAACGAGGCUGACGUUGAUUGGGGAGCUGUGUUUCAAGGAUCCUCCGAUCGUGAGCAUACUAAGAUUCGACUCUCUCACUCGAGAAAAGAACGGAAGGGGGAGGGGCUGCCGGCCCCUCCUGGGCCCCAAAUGCAACAAGAAAGCAUGCCUUACCGUCGUACAACAGCCCGCAGAUUCGCACCGCUCGGGGCGUUACCGGGGGUCUGAAGAUCUCUUGGGAUCAUACAUUGGGGUCUUUGGAGGGAAACGUUUCUGCCGUGUACCGUGGCGAUGA